AUGCUGGCCUCCCUCGCCCUCCUCCUGGGCCUGCCGCUCGCCCUUGCCGAGCCCCCCACCUGCGCCCCACUCGUCCCAGUCACCUUGGACAAUGCCACCAUCUCUCAGCUCCUGGGACAGUGGAUCUACAUCACUGGCGGCUCCAAGUACCCACCUCACCUGGAGGAGCUGAAGGCAGUGAAAUACGCAGCUUUUUCCUUCUCUCCUGGCAGCCAUGAGGAUGAGCUCAAUGUCACUGAAGUCAUGAGAGUGAACAAGACGUGCGUGUUCACGAACACCAGCAAGAUCCGGAUCUUUUGGCACAACUCCACCCUGGUGCACGUCAAUGACCAGGUGGAGUCAAUGGCCAAACUGAUCCAAAGCGACAAGGAUCUGCUGAUCUUGAAGUACACCAACGCUGACUUCCCGGGUCUGAGCCUCUCAGCACGGACAGCCAACGUGAGCAAGGAGCACCUGGAGGAGUUCAAAGCCCAACUGCACUGCCUGGGCUUCACCGAGGACGAGGUGUUCUUCACGUCUGAAAAGGACGCCUGUCCACUGCCUGGAGAGAAGACAACUGAAGGCGACACAGAGCCACAGCUGGGGUAA